GCGCUCUGUCUGCGGGCAGUUUGACGGCGGUGUCACUCGGUGUCCGCGGUGCCGCUGCUGAGGCGAGAAACGGAGAAAGGACCUGAAUAUCAGCACCGGCGGGACUAGACGCCUCCUGGCUCUUACACACACUUCUGCCGGCAGACACUGAGUUUAACCUCGAGCAGCAACGAUGUCGGGCGCCUAUGAUGACUCCAUGAUUGAUGUCUCCAGUGAUAGCUUCUGGGAGGUUGGAAACUACAAACGUACGGUGAAGCGGGUGGACGAUGGCAAUCGACUCUGUAACGACCUCAUGAACUGCAUUCACGAGCGCGCUCGCAUCGAGAAGGCCUACGCACAGCAGCUCACAGAGUGGGGAAAGCGCUGGCGGCAACUUAUAGACAAAGGUCCGCAGUAUGGCUCGCUGGAGCGAGCGUGGUCGGCUCUGUGCACGGAGGCAGAGAAGGUGAGUGAGCUCCACAUGGAGGUGAAGGCAGCGCUGAUGGGAGAGGACUACGAGAAACUGAAGAACUGGCAGAGAGACUCCUACCACAAACAGAUGAUCGGCGGCUUCAAAGAGACCAAAGAGGCUGAGGACGGCUUCCGCAAGGCUCAGAAACCGUGGGCCAAGAAACUCAAAGAGGUGGAGACCAUGAAGAAAUCGUACCACUCUGCCUGCAAAGAAGAGAAGCUGGCAGCCAGCAGAGAGACCAACAGCAAGCUGGAGAGCAACAACAACCCCGAAGCCCAGAAGAAACUCCAGGAAAAGGUGGAGAAGUGUCAGCAGGAGGUGCAGAAGACUAAAGAGCGCUAUGAGAAGUCUCUGGAGGAGCUGGACAAGUUGACCCCUCAGUACAUGGAGAACAUGGAGCAGGUGUUCGAGCAGUGGCAGCAGUUUGAGGACAAACGCAUUCGCUUCUUCAACGAGCUGCUGCUGGAGGUGAAGCAGCACUUGGACCUCUCCACCAAUCACAGAUUCCAGACGAUUUACCACACGCUGGAAGACACAAUCUCUGCUACUGACGCCGACGAGGACCUGAAGUGGUUCCGGUCCAAUCACGGCCCCGGCAUGCCAAUGAACUGGCCACAGUUUGAGAUUCUGGACUGCUCCCAUCCUCGCUCCUUUAAGAGAAGGUCCAUUGUAGACUGGUCCAUAGACCUGAACCGAACACUGAGCCGACGAGAGAAGAAGAAACCGUCGGAGGGCGUCACGCUGACGGGGAUCAGUCAGACCGGGUCAGACCAACCCGUCCAGCCUGCCAAGACCAGCAGCCUGUCCGUGCCCGCUAAAACUGCGCCGGCGGGCUCGAACCCGUUUGAAGAAGACGAUGAUGAGGAGGAGGAGGAGGAGGAGGAGGUGGAGGAUGAGGAGGAGCCGCCGGUCGUGGAGCAGCAGCAGCAGACCACAGUCAACCACAUCAGUGCCAAUAAAGAGGAAAUAAAAACCGCCAGCAGUACGGAGAAGACUCCCGACUGGUCGGACGAGGAAACGGGCGGGAACCCUUUCUCUGCCAAUGGAGACGGGAACCCGUUCGAGGAUGAGCCGGCCUCUCCGGCGGUCUCGGUGCCCGUCCGAGCGCUCUAUGACUACGAGGGGCAGGAGCAGGACGAGCUGAGCUUCAAAGCAGGUGAUGAAUUUACCAAAAUCGGUGAGGAAGAUGAUCAGGGUUGGUGCAAAGGUCGGCUCAAGGACGGACAAACGGGCCUCUACCCUGCCAACUAUGUGGAAGACAUCCAGUAAUGAUCGUCACCGAUGAUAUAAAUGUGAAGAAAAGAAGAAGAAAGUGUUUAUUUUUGAGACGCCACAUUGCAGAAGCCUUACUUUCCCUCCCUUCAAACCCUCCUUGGUAAAGCAGGAUGCACACGGACUGCAUGGAU